AUGAUUAAGGCAUUUGCUUAGAAUUAUUUCAAAUCCUUAUCAGAAAGCAUCUACUACGGAUUUGCCACAAAGAUGCAAGCCAGUUCAACCUAAAAAACUAAAGAUUCUGCAGGAAGAAGAUUGGGAGUAAAGAAAUUUGGAGGAGAGGAAGUGUUUCCAAAUGAUAUUUUAAUCAGACAAAGAGGUUUUAGAUGGAAGCCAGGAUAGAAUACUUCAGUGGGAAAAGAUCACACUAUUCACUCUAAAGUUGAGGGUAUCGUGCAUUUCAGAAGAGAUCCUUAUAAGUUUAAGAAAACAUUUUAUGUUGAUGUUGUUCCAAGAGAAAAUCCAAAUAGAACUCAUUAUCCUCCACCACCAUACAGUUAUCAUCCUGAAUUGUUUCCUGAGUUGGCAAAGAAUAAUCCUGAACCACUUGUUUUAUUGAAAAAAAGCGAAGAGAAAGUGGAAGUCUAAAUCAAAUAACAAGGCUUUAAAAUAUCAGCAAAAUAAUAUAAACCCAUUGAAGUCCCAAUUGAUUAUAAGCCUGAGUUUUAGCUUUCCAAUUUGUAAUAAUAGUUGAGUAUUAAUAAAUAGUGAAAAUUAUAAAUGCAUAUUAAAAUAUUCUAAUACAUAAAUGAAAACACCCUUU